AUUUUAGAUCAUCUACCAGUUCUUUCCCUUUCACCCUCACCCACCAAACAGGUCUGCGGUUUUUUCACAAUGUACCAGUAAAUGUACCAGUUCUACCCCGCGCAGUACUUCUUCGUCUAUUUAUACUUUGUAACCAGUGUGGAGUGUGGUGUUUUUGUUAGAUGCAUUUUAACGUCGUUUGGUUUAUCACGUGUGUUCGUUCAUUUUGCGUAUGAGAAGGUGAUAUUUGAACUAUUUUUUUGUCAUUUCUACGUAGAUACAUACGCGAUUAAUUAUUGUUAACAACAUUAUCAUGUGAAAUAUAUCGUGAACGAUUUCAAGUAUUCCUGGCUGUCGAAUAAUUGGUUCGAAUUUCAGUGGAGCAAAGUCCAAGAACUGGAAACACACCUGAAAUGAUUUCUGACAUGGAUGAUACUGCUCAGCUUGCUGUGAUAAGCCUGAAAGAAUUAUCAGGGGUCGCGGUUGCUCUUGAAAUAUGGCGCAGUGAAAUGAAGAAGUAUCGAAGGAAUGACGAAUUGGAAAAAUUUAACCCGAAAGAGCUAAGCAUUUCAUUACAAACAUCGUUUGCUGAUUUACGAGUACCAACUGUGAUCGAUGCUAUGAUCAAAGAAUACGUUUCAAUAUUUGGGCUUUCAAUGGAAAAUUGGCUCGAGCAGCAUUAUAAAAGAGUAUUAUUUUUUAAUUACGGUCAUCGGAACUAUAUUUUGUAUGAUUUCGAUGAUUUUGUAUGCGAAUCUAACGGCGCUAUCGAUUACGUAAUGACUGCCAAACGUGUGAUACGUUGUGAUGGAUUAAGUAAGGCCAAGAAAUUCAAAAUUGCGUGCGCGUAUUUUUUCGAAGACGAUAUUAGACGACUUUGGCCACUGGUAUGGAAAAAGGUGGGCUUGAAUAAUAUCAAUUUUCACGAUUUCCCUCAAUUGCAUUAUUGGAUUAGUUGUCUUAGAAAUGAACCUAAUAAGAUUCCCAGCAUUGAACUAAUGUUCAAUAAUUACAUGCCUCGUAAUGGAUCAUCUUUGGAAUAUUUUUGGAAUCGCAUGCCUUCUGAACUUCACAGGGUAAAAGGUAAACGUCUGUACAGGCAAGAUGUAGAAUCUUUCGCUAGAUUCAUUUUACCAAAAUUGAACGAUACGCAUCUGAAUGAAUUUGUAAAUGAGGAAGGUUCUAAAUUAAUGGAUUAUCUGUUGAGACGUCGUGAAUUGGGUGAAAGAAUUGUUCUUCAAACGUGGCUACAAAUCAAGAACGUAAUGAACAAACAGAAUUUCAGAAAACUAGUUCUGGAAAUGUUCAAAGUAGAGUCGAGUCGUGUGCCCCGUGUGGAAGGUGAACGCCAUCUCAAGAAUUUUAUAUACCUGUGUCAUGAAAUAUGGUACACUGCUUCGGAUAAGUUGAAGCGAUCGGUGAUCAAAAAAAUUCCAUUUGCAUCGACAUCAUCCUCAUGCAUCUGUCCUAAUGAUGUUAAUACUUCUUCGCAGUUCUUAUUGACUGUUCUUUUACGCGCAACUUUCGAGGAAAGAAGCUCGUUUUGGCAUAAAUAUUGGUGUGGUUUGAUCAAAAGCAAACCUGUCGCAGAUUUACAAAUUAUAAUGAAAAUGUGCUUCGCAGACGACGACGAUGAGAUCAUUCUAUACAAAGAGAACGUCAUGGCCAAAAGUAAACAUGUGCGUAAUGUCUGCGUCGAGUCGUUGUCUAUUGGGCUUUUUGACGAAUUGAAUAAUUUUGUGAACUUUUGUUAUCCUAACCCGGAUUCGGCGAGAAAUUACAAACAACAAUUGCUGCAGUCGAGUUUACUCGGCGAAGAAUCUGUUUUUCAGCUUACGUAUCUCACUAAAGCAAUACAAUUCAACGAGUUCAUCUGCGAUGCUUUUAAUGACGCUGACCUUGCUACUGAUUUCAAAAAUCAACUGAUGUUGUCUCCCGCCACCCUACGUCUUUUACCAAGGGUGGCCUAUUCAUAUUAUUUUCAAGUUAACGACCUCGUGAAAUUUGUUGAAACAUUGAUUUCUACAGAACAAAUUAUGAAGCAAAUUAAACUGCAGAUGAUUGAUAAUAUAAAAGAAUAUUCUAUCGAUGAGAAGCGAUUUAUUGGAAAAUUAAUAUUUGAAUCUUCUUUAGAGCAGUUUUUGUCUUGGUGUUUUGAAAGUGAUGUAGAAGCUAAAAGGUUUAAGGAAACAUAUAUCCCUCGUACAAUUUGAAUGAUUUUGAUUUUGCCAUUUUUGCCAAACUGCUAUGAAAAUUUACUGUGGUGAAUAGUUAGUAAUAUUAAAUAUUUCACGACUUUUUAGAUAGGUAGGUACCUACUAUGCUUGGAAAAACAAAAGUAUUUGAUCAGGUCUGGUCAGAUCCAAUCAAAGUCUUCUCUGUUGAGAUGUGAUUUUUACUUUAUUUAACCUAAUUCCUUGUUUAUUGUGUAGUUUGGUAUGAUUUAUGAUGAGAACCAAUAGGUAGUCGUAAGUUGUUCCUUAUAUUACACAAUAAAUUCCCCCACCCCCUUGUGGGGAAUGGGGACAAUUUAAAAAAAAAAAAAAGGUCUGAACAGCUCUCAUCCAAUCAGAACUUUGAUCUGAUUAAGCCUGAAUAGAUCCAAUUAUUAUUUCCACUUGGGGUCUUUAUUUUUAGAUUUUCAUUUUUUAGUUAUUCGAUUCAGCUCAUGAUGAUAAUAUUGUACUUACAAUUACUUUAAUUCACUGUUUCUUUAAUUACCUACUUUAUACUUUUUUUUUUUUUUAAUUUUAAGGUGAU